AUAAGCUUUGUUAUAGAAGCAUUUUAAAUACUGUGCGAAGAUGGCAAGUCUGAUGAGUCAGAGUCUGUUGACCUAUGUAGAAGAAGGAAAUGUUCCUGCUCUGAAAGCGCUUCUCGAGAAAUGCAGGGAUGUAGAUGAGAGAAAUGAGAAUGGCCAGACUCCACUUAUGUUGGCUGCUGAGCAAGGCAAUUUAGAAAUUGUCCAGGAGCUUCUUAAGAAGGGAGCUAAUUGCAACUUGGAAGAUGCAGAUAACUGGACGGCUCUUAUUUCAGCAGCUAAAGAAGGACAUGCAGCUGUUGUAGCAGAACUACUCAAUUAUAAUGUCAGUUUGGAGCAUCGGGAUUUGGGAGGAUGGACUGCCCUGAUGUGGGCAUCAUAUAAAGGCCGUACUGAAGUAGCUAAACUGUUGCUUGAGAAAGGAGCCAAUCCAAACAUCACAGGAAUGCAAUACAGUGUGUAUCCCAUUAUCUGGGCAGCAGGACGGGGCCACUCAGAUAUAGUGCAUCUCUUACUGCAACAUGGAGCUAAAGUGAACUGCUCUGACAAAUAUGGAACCACCCCCCUGGUUUGGGCAGCGAGGAAAGGUCAUUUGGAGUGUGUGAAAUACUUGCUGCAGAUGGGAGCUGAUGUUGAUCAAGAAGGAGCUAAUUCUAUGACUGCACUUAUUGUAGCAGUGAAGGGUGGCUAUACUGACUCAGUAAAAGAAAUACUGAAAAGGAACCCAAAUGUAAACUUAACAGAUAAGGAUGGAAAUACAGCUUUGAUGAUUGCAUCAAAGGAAGGACAUACUGAAAUUGUGCAGGACCUUCUUGAUGCUGGAACUUACGUGAACAUUCCUGAUAGAAGUGGAGAUACAGUGCUGAUUGGGGCUGUUAGAGGAGGUCACGUUGAAAUUGUGAGGGCCCUGCUCCAUAAAUAUGCUGAUAUAGAUAUCAGAGGUCAGGAUAAUAAAACUGCUUUAUAUUGGGCAGUUGAGAAAGGAAAUGCUACAAUGGUGAGGGAUAUCUUGCAAUGCAACCCUGAUACUGAAACAUGUACAAAGGAUGGAGAAACACCGCUUAUAAAGGCAACCAAGAUGAGAAAUAUUGAAAUAGUAGAGCUUCUUCUGGAUAAAGGAGCUAAGGUUUCUGCUGUAGACAAGAAAGGAGAUACUCCACUUCAUAUUGCCAUUCGUGGAAGAAGCCGUAAACUUGCUGAAUUACUCUUAAGAAAUCCGAAAGAUGGUAGAUUGCUUUAUAGACCCAACAAAACAGGAGAAACACCUUACAACAUAGACUGUAGUCACCAGAAGAGUAUUUUAACACAGAUAUUUGGAGCCAGACACUUGUCUCCCACGGAAUCUGACGGUGACAUGCUGGGCUACGAUCUGUACAGCAGUGCUUUGGCUGACAUUCUGAGUGAACCAACCAUGCAGCCACCUAUCUGUGUAGGCUUAUAUGCACAAUGGGGAAGUGGAAAAUCCUUCCUGCUCAAGAAACUGGAAGAUGAAAUGAAGACUUUCGCAGGACAGCAGAUUGAACCUCUGUUUCAGUUCUCCUGGCUUAUUGUAUUCCUCACACUUCUGCUGUGCGGAGGUUUAGGUUUAUUGCUUGCUUUCACAGUGGAUGCAAAGCUUGGAAUAGCAGUGUCACUCAGCUUAUUAUCGGUUCUCUACAUUUUCUUUACUGUGAUUUACUUUGGUGGCCGAAGAGAAGGUGAGAGCUGGAACUGGGCCUGGAUGUUAAGUACAAGGUUGGCAAGACACAUUGGAUAUUUAGAGUUGCUUCUCAAACUCAUGUUUGUGAACCCACCAGAAUUACCAGAGCAGACCACUAAAGCUUUACCUGUCAGAUUUUUGUUUACAGACUACAAUAGACUGUCCAGUGUAGGUGGAGAAACUUCACUGGCUGAAAUGAUUGCUACCCUCUCUGAUGCGUGUGAAAGGGAAUUUGGUUUCUUAGCAACAAGGCUAUUUCGAGUUUUCAAGACAGAAGAUACACAAGGUAAAAAGAAAUGGAAGAAAACUUGCUGUCUCCCAUCCUUUGUGAUUUUCCUGUUCAUAUUGUCUUGUGUUGUUUCUGCGAUUGCCCUGCUGGCGAUUUUUAAUGUAGAACCAGCCAACAUGACAGUGAAUGUUAUUCUUAUAUCAGUUACCUGUGUUGUUGGUUUGGCCUUUAUCUUGAAUUGUCGCACAUGGUGGCAAGUGAUGGAUUCAGUUUUGAAUUCUCAAAGGAAACGUCUUCACAAUGCUGCUUCCAAGCUUCACAAGUUGAAAAGCGAGGGGUUCAUGAAGGUUUUGAAAUGCGAAGUGGAACUGAUGGCCAAAAUGGCAAAAACCAUUGACAGCUUCACUCAGAACCAGACAAGGCUUGUUGUAAUUAUUGAUGGAUUGGAUGCUUGUGAACAGGACAAAGUUUUACAGAUGCUUGAUACUGUACGAGUCUUGUUUUCAAAAGGCCCAUUUAUUGCUAUUUUUGCAAGUGACCCACAUAUUAUUAUAAAGGCUAUUAACCAGAAUCUCAACAGUGUUCUGCGUGAUUCAAACAUAAAUGGACACGAUUACAUGCGAAACAUAGUCCAUUUGCCUGUAUUUCUGAAUAGCCGAGGGCUUAGUAAUGCAAAAAAACUGAUGGUAGCUUCAACAACCAAUGGGGAUAUUCCUUAUACAGAUAACACAGGAUUGCAUGAAGAGGUUGACAGGAGAGUGUCUCAGAACAGUCUUGGAGACAUGACCAAGCUUGGUAGCAAAACCGCUCUCAAUAGGCGGGACACUUACCGAAGACGCCAGAUGCAACGUACCAUUACCCGCCAAAUGUCUUUUGAUUUGACCAAGCUGUUGGUUACAGAGGAUUGGUUCAGUGAUAUCAGUCCUCAGACCAUGAGAAGAUUGCUAAAUAUUGUUUCAGUAACAGGUCGUUUAUUGAGAGCUAAUCAGAUCACAUUCAGUUGGGAUAGACUGGCUAGUUGGAUCAAUCUCACAGAGCAGUGGCCGUAUAGAACAUCGUGGCUCAUACUGCAUCUUGAAGAGACUGAAGGUGUUCCAGAUCAGCUGACUUUAAAAACAAUCUAUGAGAGAAUUUCAAAGAAUAUUCCUACAACUAAAGAUGUUGAACCUCUACUUGAAAUUGAUGGAGAUAUACGGAACUUUGAAGUAUUUUUAUCUUCUCGAACACCUGUUCUUGUUGCACGUGAUGUAAGAACCUUUUUGCCAUGUACUGUAAACUUAGAUCCCAAGCUACGAGAAAUCAUUGCAGAUGUUCGUGCUGCAAGAGAUCAAAUGAAUAUUGGAGGACUUCCUUAUCCCACAUUGCCUUUACAUGAGGCACCUGCUAGAGCAACAUCUCUGUUCAGUCAGCCUUCAUCAGCUUGCUCUUCUACAACCUCUUUCAAUGGACCUUUCAAUAGUGGAGUUUUAUCACCGCAACCUCAUAGCAGUUACUAUAGUGGUAUGACAGGACCUCAGCAUCCAUUCUACAAUCGGCCAUUCUUUGCCCCAUAUCUUUACAUGCCAAGGUAUUACCCUGGCAGUUCUCAUCUCAUCUCACGUCCACCACUAAAAACGAGUUUGUCCAGAGAUCAGAACAAUGGCCUAGAUGUUAUCAAGGAGGAUGCUGAUGAGGGGCUUCCUUCACCCACAGACCCCUCAAUGGUCAUUAGCUACCUUGUGUGAAGGGAUGACUUUGGAGUAAGUUUUUUUGGUAGUAUAUUUUUGGAGAUGCUGAUGCCUUCCCUGUGUUUGCUUCCUUAUCUCAGUAUCCCACUUUCUUCCCAGUCCUUUGCAGCUUGUCAGUGCAAGGACAAAAAGUAAGGACUUUUGAGAAAGUAGUAGAAUGAUGGCUGGAGUAUGUGUGUAUCCGUGAGUGUGAGAAGGGACACAGGACUGGAACAAUGGGAUUUAGUCUCAGGGCAAAGUAGCUGAAUGAGCUCCAGCAGCAGACCUGGACUUGGCUGCUCUUUUGCUUGCUGCUCUGAGUGUGUAUCUUAAGCACGCGUAGGCUGCAGUUUCAAGCAGCAACUUAAAAGUCUCAGGUAAGUUAUGUAGUCUAUUGGCUGUAGGUAAAAAAAUAGAGUUAGAACAUUAAAAGGAAAUCUUGUUUGAAGUAAUGAUAAUGGAGGAUUUUAUUAGAUCUAUUUUUGAGUUUAAUUUAUACUACAGCGAAUCUGUGUAGCGCAGCACAUCAGAUCAUAUGCUUUUCUAAGACUUAGCAAUAUUUAACCUACAGUGUAAAUAUAACAUUUUUAAUUUUAAGUCUCUUGGGUAGUUUGCAAGAAUGUUGUUAGUCAGGGUAUGGUAUUAGAAUAGAAUAGAGUAUUUCAGUUGGAAGGGACCUAAAAUGAUCAUCUAGUGCAACUGCCUGACCAGUUCAGGGCUGACCACAAGUUAAAGCCUGUUGUGAAGAGCCUUGUCCGAAUGCCUCUUAAACACUGACAGGCUUGGGGCAUCGACCACCUCUUUGGGAAGCCUGUUCAGUGUUUGGCCACCCUCUCACUAAAGAAGAGCGUGUGCCUGACAGGAUACCUCACCAGGGUUUCAUCUAUUCUAAAACUGCUUCUUCUGUAGGCUUUACUGCAAUUUCUUUGAAAGAAAACAGUACUAUAUGUGUUUUAAGUACUGCAAUUGUACAGAGGUGAUGGGAACAACAAUUUCGUCCAGUUACUUAGGUAGAUCUUAAUUGAUGGUCAUUGCCACUAUGUAAAUGGUACAGCUUUUACUUAUUAAAUGGAUUGGCACAUGCAAAGGAAUGAAAUAAACUAAAAGAACUGUACCAAGUAGUUAAUGAACACCAAGAUGUGUAACUGGUUUGAUGAUUGAAAACAAGAGGAGCGUGUAGAAUCAAAAUUGUCUUUCAUGCAAAUCUGGCAAGGAGCCAGAAAUGUUGCAAUUUUACAUCUGUGUAAAAUAGAGAGUAAUCAUUCUUUUGAAUGUUCUAAGUCUUACAAGGCAAAAACCAUUUUCUUCAGGAGUACCUUUUUUUUUUUUUUUCUUUAACGCAGAUCAUCAUUGCUGCUCAUUGCAUGAGUUGGCAGAGCUGUGCCGAGGGUGUCACAGGAUCUAGUUAAGGCCUUGCCGUUGUUAUCAGUCUGACACUGGAGUUGACAGAUUUCUGAAAUUUCAGAUCCUAAUCAUUAGUCUUGUAAAAUCAGUGUAAGUCUAGGUUAGCUUAGUGGAAAUCAGAAAUAUUUUGAGAGCAGUCAUCUUGUAUCAAUUAUUUGUCUCCUGUGAUCUUCUAUAUUUGGAUUCUGUUGCUGAUGUCUAUCUCAGACUGUAGUUUACUGUUCUUUACUGAAUGGAUCAAAACCACAUGUCAAACCGAUGUCAAACUGGUAAAUUGACCAAUGCCAUCGAUCUAGUUGUAUCAACAUGAAGGUACAUUGCAAAUUUUAGGGCAUUGGCUUAAAUCACUAACGAAAAUAGGCUCGACUUAAGACGUCAACCUUUGCAUAUCUGUGAUGGAGGCAAAAAUGCAUUUCUGCUGACUUUACUGUACAAAUGGUUAUUUCUGACAAGCACUGCAAAAACUAGAACUCUAGAGUGCUCUUCUGAAGAGUUUAUCAUUGGAUUGUAGUGUUACCAAUAUCUCAUUAGGUUAGAAACCAAACUAGCAUUAGGAGUGGUUAUCUGUCAAAAACUUAAUUGUGUGCUUUAGUUUGCAUUGUUAAUUAAUGAUUUGUUAGGAUGCAGCUUGUUGCAAUAGAAUUACUUUGUUUAAAUAAGUUUUUCAUACUGUAUUGAAUAUGUAAUACCCUAGGACGUAGCAUGUGGGCUUUGAAUGAGAACUAAAAUGACCCAGAGCAUGUAGUGCAGAUAAACAUAUGAUACUCAUUAAGAAACUGGAAGUGCUUUUCAAAAGUUUGAGCAUGAAUGAAAGUGUGUGACAUGGAAGUUUUCUUACAUGGAUUUUCCAGGUGCUUUUACAUAACAUUUUUGUGCUUUGAAUAUUGGUUCUUAAAAGAAAUACCUUUUGCUUUUUUGGGGGUGUGUGGGGGAGUGUGUGCUUAGAUGCAAGGUUCCAAAGUUAUUUGGGAUACACUGGUGGUAUAAUGUGAUCUUGAAAAGGCAGGAGAAUGGUUAAAACCAGGAUUUUCCAUGAGAAACGUAAUGUAAAACUUUUAUGCAAACAAAAUACAGCAAGUGUCGCUUUUUUACAAGUGUAAAAUGGAGUAGUCUGCUCAUAAGAAAAUAAUAUUGUAUAGCAUAUUCUAAAUGUGUAUUCUGAAGGUCUUUCUUAAAAGUUUCAUCACAUUAUGAAAAUGCCCUGUUUCUGUCCUAAUGCUGAUUUCCUCUGUUUACUUCAAAGCAUGUCAUCUGUAUGUUCAACCUUUCUGAUGUCACUUUAAGCUGUUGUUUUCUUUUCAUAAUGUUUUGUCCUUUUCUCAAAGCUGUGUAAGUCUGGGUUAAGCAAAAACAGACAGGUACAGCCACUUUCUGUGAAUUAUCAUUCACUUUAUUUCAGAGUCAUUUCUGAAGCUAUCAUACUGGCGCUUCAUGCUGGGCUGUCUGUAAACUAAUGCUCAUUACUAGCCUUGAGGUUUGUUUUGACAAGCUGCUUUUAGCUUUUGCAUGGCAAAUACUUUUCAGACUAAUGUUCUCUAAGAAUCUCUAACAAAACCACUAAGGCUGAAAAAUGUGUCAGUUUAAGUACAGUUUUAAUUCACUUACAUGAUGACAGUAUCCCUACAGCUAUUACAUUGCUUAUUCUUCAGAGAGUGCUUUUUAUAAAGAAUGAUUUGGAUUAAUGUGCAUCUAUUUCAAACAGUUCACACUUUAACAAAAAUAGUCUAAAUAUUUUAGUGCUAUUCUGUAUUUUUUUACACACAGAAAGAAGAGUUUCUAAACUAACUCUUAAUGCAUGCAGAAAGAAUGACUUUGUUCUUGUAAAAAAAAAAGUUUUGAUUUGAAGGAGGACCGUUAAAUUAGAAGUGUUUAAAACUUUUCUUCAUUUAUUUGUAGACAUAUGAUAGAUAAUGUAUUUAAUAGAUUCAGAGAACAAAGCCAAUUGCUUACACACAUUGCUUAGGGAUCAUUUAUUUUAGUAGAGCCACAAUAUAAUUUUGGCUAUAACUGUUUCUUGUAUUUUAAUUGAUAAGCUUUCUUCCAAAAAAUAAUUAAGAUUUGAAUUAGCUUAACACCUUUUCUUUAUUGAUGUAUUAUCUAACUCAGACCAAUAGUAAAUAGUGUGUUUAUGGGGAAAUAAUAGACAAAACUGGUAUUCUAAAGGAAAACUCAAAGUGGCUUUUUUUAAAGAGGAAAAAUAGACAUGUACAUAAAAGAAGUAUAUGAUAAAUAGUUUUUGGAUGAA